UUGUAGAAAUUGAUUUCUUUGAUGUUCGAGGCUUGGAGCGCUUUUGCAAAUGUGACUGGAUGAAAGCUCUAUAUAGACUAAUCCAAAACGACGAAUGGUGUGCAGCAGAAAAUGUAUACAUGGAUAUAUCAACCUGGGUCGAAGGAUACAAAUAUUCAUUUGAUCUCAAAAUACUUUGCAACAUAAACAAAGUGCAAAAACAUCCUUGGGUUGUUCAAUUAAUAAUGGAAUUACUGGAUAAUGGAAGCAACUAUCAUACAAUGGUUAUAGAAAAAGGCGAAUCAUUCUUUCACACAUGCGUCAGACUUACAUUGGCAACUGGGUACAUGACCUUCCUCGACAAAAUUAUUUAUCCAUUAGUUAGGAAAAGAGAACAAAAUAUCCAAGAUUCACAUGGAAAUACUGUUCUUCACCUUGCUGUUAACCAGAGGACAUUUCAUGUACACCGUGGAGUUCAAAUGCAAGUAGUUCAAAGACUGCUAAUAGCGGAUGUUAAUCCUCUAAUUUUGAAUAAGCAGAAAAAGACUGUAUCGAAAUGUGCACCAAGAUCCUUUCCUGAACUUUUAGAUCUCGUAAAAUCAUGCGAAGUGCAAAAACAAGCAAAAAUUAGGGAAAAGGAAGAGGAAGAUAAACAAAAAAGUCUGAUGUUACGAAAGCAAAUGGAGACAGACAAAAAGAAACACCUAGAACAACUAAGAAUUGAGAAGGAAUUGAGAAAGGAGAGAGAAAAUGAAGCUGUAAGUCUCAAACAAUGUACUUUAAGAUGUAAAGCUGGAUUAGAAUUUGCAAAGGAAAAAUUAAAAUCAAACGAACUGCGCCUUGCAUGUUACGAUUUGAUUAAUAUUUUUAAUGCAACCAGACAUAAAUCAGAUAUGCACAAGCAAUUUGAAGACGAAAGUGUUCAACUGAUUGUGAAUGCGUUAGGAGGUAAAGAAAAUCCAGAUAUUCCUGAAAAACUAACAAGGAUAAACCAGAAGAUAUUUUUAAGAAUUGUGCAUGGUCUUGCUGAUAAAGAACAUUGGAAACAAAUGCAUAUUGCCGUCACUGAGUACAGAAAAUACCAUUCGCCAUCAGAUUUGAAUGAUUUUGCUGCUGGAAUGUCUGUGGAACAGGUGUUGAACUGUAAAACCUUUCAGAACAAGGAAGAUUUACUGUUGACAGUUGUAACAAACAUGUUGCGCAGUGGUGCUUCUCUGCUCUCAGAUGGAAAACAUGCAAUUGAAACAGUGGUUCAGAACAACCAUUUUAAAAUUUUGGAUCGGUUAUUUGAUUUCAACGCAAAUCCUAGUCAUCUUUCUGUAGAGGAAGGAGACACUCCUAUACAUGCUGCUCUUUAUAUAGCAUUAGACAGAGACACAGGAAAUACGUCAUUGUUGGCAAGAUUUUUAGAUACUUUUCAAAAACAUCCGGAAAAGUAUCCAAUGUUAAAUCCUAUGGCAGAAAAUCUUUUUGGCGAAAGCUUGUUUCAUGUUGUUGCAAAGGCAAAAAACAAUCCAAGUACUUUAGAAGUCACAAUUAUGCUAUGUGAAAAGGGAGUUCAUUCAAACAUUAAAGAUCAUGAAGAAAAACUGCCUAUAGAAUACUUAAAGAGUGACAAAGAUAAAAGAAUGCCAUAUUUCAGAUUAGCAUUAAAGGGAGCGAAGCCACAGAGAGCUAAAAAUGACGAGCUUGAAAAUUCCGUGAACGAACAAAAGACUACACAUAAGAAGUCUAAAUCUGAACCGCUAGUGCAUGACGUACCAUUGAAGAAAGACAAACUGAUGGAAGAAAUCAGACGAAUGAUCGAAGAUUUACAAGAUAUAAGCAUGUAUUCUGAAGAUGGAUUGAGAAACAAUGAACCAUGCAAUUCAAUUUCAAAACAACAAGAAUGUAGUUCACAUAAUCUAGAGGAGAGUCAAAAGGAAUCAUCAACCUCCAAGAUAUACUUCAAUUAUACUUUGAAUGAAGGAACUAAAUUUCAAAUUGAUCCAGAUUUUUUUGAAAAUCAUGAAUGGGAGAUCGAAUGUACAAACGAAGUUUGGAGUAAAUUACUCAAUCCAUCUUUGCCGAAAAGCUGGACGAUACAUGUCAUCCAAAAAUUACAAAACCUAGCUUGCGGUGAAUUUUCUUUCAACUGCUGUCAAACGAUAGAUGAGGAAAUAGAAAUCUACGAGUCAACUCCUCUUUUAUGGGAAAUAGCUGUCAGCUUUUCAGCGAAACUGUCAGAAAGUGAUGGAAAAUCCCGAAAUGUAUACACAGAGAUCAUACGAGUGUGGGAUAUUAUUGAACAUCCGGAAGAAAAAGAAGAGGCAUUUCAAAGAAUAUCAAAAUCCAUUUUAAGGGGAGAAGAGUGUAUUAUUGAAAAUUUUGUAUCAUGCCCUGAAAAACUCCAGGAAAAAUUUGUAGAAGGAAAAAGAAUUCCACGAAAAUAUUUUCAAUGCUCAAAAUCCUUUUCGCAAACAGAAGAAGUAAAAAAGUUAUUAUUUCCUGCAAGUCACAUUGCUACAGAAUAUCACAUUCUUAAAUUUUACUCAUUCACAACAGACAUGGCACAAUGUGCCAUGAGAAACAUGAAUUGUAAAAAAGAUUUUCCAUUCAAAGUAACAGAAAAGGAGCAUUCUGUGAUAAAUAUAAUUUCAAACAAACCGAUCUUGUUGCUAGGGAGGAGUGGAACGGGAAAAACAACAUGUUGUCUGUAUAGACUCUGGAAUCGAUUUGACUGUCAUUGGAGAAAGGAGGUUGAGCAAAAGAAAAACGAAGGAAAUCAUGAUGAGGAAGCCACUGAAGAUAAUAUUGAAUACAACCAUAUACGACAAUUGUUUAUCACCAAAAAUAUGGUUCUUUGCAAUGAAGUUCAAAAAUGUUUCCGUGAAUUACGAAAUGCCAGCAGGAUAGGAUCUAAACGUGUAACAAAUGAUGAACGUCCUCUCCCAGCAAAGCUCCAGGAUCUUCAGAACGACCAGUUCCCUGUUUUUACAACGUCUAGGAAGCUUUUGCUUAUGUUGGAUGCAUCUCUUCCAGAUUCAUUUUUUAAACGUGAUUCAUCUGGAAAUCUCUUAUCUGAAGUGCCCGGAUGGACAAAAGAGGAUGAUUCACAUAGCUUUCUUCAGCAAUGUGAAGAGAAUUCUGAAAGUGAGAGUGAUGAUGGAAGCGAUUGGGAGGGUGAUUAUUUUAAUUUAAAAAAUGAUGCAGAAGAAAUGACCAAGAAGCCCGAUGUUCGGAAAGAAGUUAACUUCACCAUAUUCUCUAAUGUUGUGUGGCCAAGAAUAAACAAAAGCAACGAAUAUUACCAUCCAUCCCUAAUUUGGACAGAAAUUAUAUCUUUCAUCAAAGGAUCAUAUGAAGCUCUGUUGACUGAGUUUGGUUAUCUUAGUGAACAGGAAUAUAUCGAGCACGGAAGAAAAAAGGCCCCUAAUUUUACAGGGGAACGCGGGGAUAUAUAUGCUAUAUUCUUGAAAUACAAACAUUACUUGAAGCAGCAUUGCAUGUUUGACGAAACUGAUGUUGUUCGAAACAUUUUCAAAAGGAUUGGACGUGGUAGAAAGGACGAUUGGAAUAUUCAAGAAAUUUACGUGGAUGAGACACAGGAUUUUACUCAAGCUGAACUUUAUUUGCUAUUGAAUAUUUGUCAAAACCCAAAUGAUAUGUUUUUGACAGGUGACACAGCUCAAAGUAUAAUGAGAGGAAUCUCCUUUCGUUUCAAAGACCUUCGUUCCCUUUUUUAUCAAUUAAAGAAUUACCAAGAGGCCUCUUCAAACAUCCAAAUUCCAGAAAAGAUUCACCAAUUAACGUACAACUAUCGAUCUCAUACUGGAAUACUGUGGCUAGCAUCCAGCAUUCUAGAUGUUCUCGUGGAAUAUUUUCCAGAAUCAUUUGACGUUCUGCAGAAAGACCAAGGAUUAUUUCAAGGACCAGCUCCAAUUCUACUAGAAUCAUGUGAUGUUAGUGAUUUAGCCGUAAUCUUAAAGGGGAAGAAACAAUCGACAUCUCGCAUAGAAUUUGGUGCUCAUCAGGCAGUUCUUGUCGUAAAUGAGGAUGCAAGAGAUAACUUGCCUGAAGAAUUGCAACAAGGCAUAGUUCUAACAAUAUAUGAGGCAAAGGGUCUGGAAUUUGAUGACAUCCUUUUAUAUAAUUUUUUCAAAGACUCUCAGGCUGGAAAAGAAUGGAGAAUAGUAACAGACUUUUUGGAAAAAAUGAGACUUUCAGAAACUAACGACGAAAAAGGAGGAAAGGAUAUUGAGAGUCUUUAUGAAAUAGAUUACAGUGUUUUUGAAGAGGAAGGACGUCCACGACCAUUGUCUUUUAACCCAAAUAAACACAAAGUUCUCAAUUCUGAACUCAAACAUUUAUACACAGCAGUUACAAGAGCUAGGGUUCAUGUUUGGAUUUUUGAUGAAAGCGAGGAUAAGCGAGCUCCAAUGUUUGAAUAUUUUAAAGCUAGAAAGCUUGUACGAGCAGUUAAAGACCAUGAAACAAGUGAAGAUCUUAUGUUUGCCGAGGAAUCUUGCUCAGAAGAUUGGAUGCAACGGGGAGAGGAAUUUAUGAAGAAGUCUCUCUACGAUGUUGCUGCGAAGUGCUUCCGUCUUGGAAAUGAUCAUAGGAUGGAGAAAAUUGCUAAAAGUCACCAAAAAGCAUUACUUGCUUCGCGCAUGCACGGAAAUUCAGCACUAAUUAAAGAGACGUUUCUUUCUGCUGCACAUGACUUCCUUGAUUGUGAGGUUCCAUCCAUGGCUGGAAGAUGUUUAGAGCUUUCAAAAGAAUUUUCUUCAGCUGCUAAACUAUAUGAAAAGACUAAUCAGUUGGAAAAGGCAGCAGAAAUAUACAAGAAGAUACAAUUACCCGUGAAAGGAAGCAAAUGCCUUGAGCAAGCAGGAAAAUAUAAGCAGGCAAUUAGUCUACUCUGUGACGCUGAACUCUUUGAAUCUGCAGUUCAUUGCCUAAAUAGAUUUCGAAUUGAAAAACAGGCAUAUGAUGUAAACAGUGAACCACUUCCAAAACGUCUUCUAGACAACUCUCCAACUGAAGAUCAAACAGAAAUCCAGUUGAGCUACAAAGCAGCAGACUUUUAUCACAAGCAUGGCAAAGUAGAUAAAAUGAUGUCAUUCCUUCAGCAACUUCCUGAUUUAGAUGAAAAAGUAGAGUUUUUAGCAUUGCGUGAUCGCAUUGAGCAGGCAAUAUCUAUCAUUAAAUCAUCUGGUAUGUUUUUUUUUCAAUUUUUAUUAGUUUUAAAUAAAUCAGUCGAAACAACUAUUCACAGACUGUAAAAUUCCAUGUUUAUGUGUG